UCUAGUUACUCCAGCUCGCUUCAGGCGGGAACGACCUCAUCUCCGUUCCUCACCCUACACCACGGGGCGCGCCGGCGAGGCCUGCUUUCGGUCUCCAAUAACCCAGCAGAGGCCGAGUGGCCGGUCCCGUGCCGUUUACCGCAGGGCUGCCUCCUCUGAGGUGGUAAAAUGUGCUGCGAGAAGUGGAGCCGCGUGGCUGAAAUGAUUCUCUUCAUUGAAGACCUAGAGGAGGAUUAUAAAAUCCUUUGCCUCUGCUCCAGGGCGUUUGUGGAAGAUCGAAAAUUGUGCAAUUUGGGAUUAAAAGGCUACUAUGUUAAAGACAAUGUCAACAAUGCAGGAGACCAAGCUAUAGAAGAAGAAGGUAGUCGUUCCCAUGACACUGCAGAAUCAUGUGAUAGCAAUGAAAUAGGCCUAGAUGAAAAUGGACUUGAUUCUGAGGCUGAACUCAUGAGAAGUAUGGGACUGCCACUUCAAUUUGGUGGGAUGUCUGCACAUAAGAAUUUUGAGGUGUCUAUGAAUACUAAAAAUAAAGUUAAAAUAAAAAAGAAAAAGAAAAAAUAUCAAAAGAAGUACUUAGAUGAGAUUAUGAGAGAAUCUUGGAAACAAGCAUAUGAAGAAGAUGAUAUUUUGGCUUCAGAUGAUCCAUAUUCAGCUGAACAGUAUGAGAACACCAAAACACGUAAACUUCAAACCAAAAAAGACAUUAAAACUGAAAACCUUCCUGUUGAAAAUACAUUAUCUCCACAGCUAGAAAUUACAGAGAAAUGGGAAAAGUACUGGAACAAAUAUGGUGGAGGACUAUUAUGGCAAAGCUGGCAAGAAAAACAUUCAGAUGAAACCCUAUGUUGUGAACCUUGGAACAGUCCUGAUACAAAGGAAGAAUGGGAACAACAUUAUAGUCAACUUUAUUGGUAUUAUUUGGAACAAUUUCAGUAUUGGGAUGCUCAGGGUUGGACUUUUGAUGCCUCACAAAGCUGUGAUACAAACACCUGUGGGUCUAAAACAGAAGUUAACAAUGAGAAGGAUGAAAAUUGCAUGAAAACAGACUUACUUUCUUUUCCAUCUUCAUCAAUUGGUAGUGAAAGCUCUAGUUCAAAUGAUAAAGAUCAUAAUGAAAUACUUGAUGGAAUUAGUAAUAUAAGUCUGAAUUCAGGGAAAGUAGAACAGAACCAGUUAGAUUCCUCUGUAAGUUCUGAUGGACAUCAGUGGCAAAGUGCUGUUAACAGCCAAAGAGAAUGCCCUGCUUCUGGCCAAAGUGAACCAUGUGAUGGAGGAACCAAGGAAGGCAACAACUUAUCUGAGAACAGAAGCACAAAUCAACCAGCUCAAGAUUCACAGGAAUCUUCAAAAGCAAACACAGCCAAAGAAAGAGCACACCCCAGCGGUACUGAUGGAGAUGAGAACGAAGAAGAUCCACCUGAACAUAAGCCAAGCAAACUCAAGAGGAGCCAUGAACUGGACAUCGAUGAAAAUCCAGAUUCAGACUUUGAUGACAAUGGUUCCCUUCUAGGAUUCAAGCAUGGCUCAGGACAAAAAUAUGGUGGAAUUUCAAAUUUUAGUCGUAGGCGAGUAAGGUAUCUACAGAAAGAUGUGAAGUAUAAGUCAAAGUUCUUGGACAUGAGAAGACAAAUAAAUAUGCAAAACAAACACAUUUUCUUUACUGAAGAAUCAGAAAAAACAUGUUUCAAGAAAAGCAAAGCUUUGAGUAAGGUAGAAAAAUUCCUGAAAUGGGUUAAUGAACCAGUGGAUGAGGAAGCUUCGCAGGAGUCAGUUUAUCAUGGCACUGUGCAAGACACUUGCACAAGCAGUGAUUCAGAACAAGAAAUGUCUGUUACAAAAGGUGAUAACCCACUGGAGAAGAGCAAUCCAGAACCUGAAAAGUGUCACACCAUCGCUUCAGUUGGUGAACUUGAAACAGAAAAAUGUGAAGGGGACAGCACAGUCGCAGCUGUUACAGAUAAGGAGGAUUGUGUUGCUCAGGAUAUACCAGACUCUCUUCAGGUAGAAACUGAAGCUGAAAUUAAAAAGAAGAAGAAAAACAAGAACAAAAAGGCAAUUGGUCUGCCUCCUGAGAUAGCUGCUGUUCCUAAGCUGGCAAAAUACUGGGCCCAGAGAUACAGGCUCUUCUCCCGUUUUGAUGAUGGGAUUAAACUGGACAGAGAAGGCUGGUUUUCAGUUACACCUGAGAAGAUCGCUGAACACAUUGCUGGCCGGGUCAGUCAGUCCUUCAAGUGUGACAUUAUAGUAGAUGCAUUUUGUGGAGUUGGAGGAAAUACCAUUCAGUUUGCCUUAACUGGAAAGAGAGUGAUUGCCAUUGAUAUUGAUCCUGUUAAGAUUGAUCUUGCUCGCAAUAAUGCAGAAGUUUAUGGGAUAGCGGACAAGAUAGAGUUCAUCUGUGGAGAUUUCCUGCUGCUGGCUUCUCAUUUAAAGGCCGAUGUUGUGUUCCUCAGCCCACCGUGGGGAGGGCCAGACUACGCUACUGCAGAGACCUUUGACAUUAGGACAAUGAUGUCUCCUGAUGGCUUCAAAAUCUUCAGACUGUCCCAGAAGAUCACUAAUAAUAUUGUUUAUUUUCUUCCAAGAAAUGCUGAUAUUGACCAGGUGGCAUCCUUAGCUGGGCCUGGAGGGCAAGUGGAAAUAGAACAAAACUUUCUUAAUAAUAAGUUGAAGACAAUCACUGCUUAUUUCGGGGAUCUGAUCCGAAGACCAGACUCUGAAUCAUAACAGUAAGGUUAUGUAAAAGGACA